CCAAUCAAUUCCAUACUCAGUGACACAAAAAUGGCAGUUGUUGCUGUGGGCUGGGAAAUUACUCUAGGUCCAUGCGGACUUCCUUCAAUUAACACAAAUUAUAUUUUGCUCUGGGCAAAUUUACCUCUACUAAACAGGAGCUUCUUCUCUCGCUCUCUUUGCAGACGUGAAUCCCUCCUCUCCUCUUCCUUUCUCUCACUCCAUCUCUCUCCCUCUCUCUGGUGGGCUAUGGCUGUGUCUGCAUGGCUAUGGGCACAGGGGCUCCUGGCUGCGAUGGUCUGGGUGCACGCUGUGGAGCCUUCAUGCAAUCUGCAGAGCAGGUCCAUCUCUGGGAGUCUGUUCAAGGAAGGUGAUGUGAUCAUUGGGGGUCUGUUCCCUGUUCAUUUUGUUGCUCCAGAACCUGACCACACAUUCACACACAAAGUGAUGGGAGGCCAUUGUCAACGCGUUAACCUGCGAGCAUACCGCUGGCUCCUGACCAUGAUCUUCACUGUGGAAGAAAUCAACAGAGAUCCAGCGCUGCUACCCAACCUCACUCUGGGUUACCUUGCUGCUGACAGCUGCCUGGCUGAGGGCAGCACCCUGAGUGCUGCGCUGGCGAUGGUGACAGGGCAGGAGGAGGCUGUAACUGGAGAACAGUGCACCAGGGCUCCCAGUGUGCCCGUCAUCAUUGGCGAUGCCCGGUCUGCUGCCUCCAUAGUGUUAGCUGAUACUCUGGGUGUUUUUGGCAUCCCCCUGGUUAGUUAUUUUGCUUCCUGUGCAUGUCUCAGUGACCGAACCAGGUUCCCCACCUUCCUCCGCACUAUUCCUAGUGAUGCCUUCCAGGCUAAGGCCAUUGUCCAUCUGCUGAGCCUAAUGGGCUGGUCCUGGGUUGGGGUUGUCUCCGGAGAUGAUGCAUAUGGGAUAAGUGGCGUGCAACUGUUGCUGAAGGAACUGGAGGGGUCAGAUGUGUGCAUUGACUACCUGGAGGUCAUCCCUAAAUCCCACACAUUGAGCAAGAUCAGACGCAUCAUCGAGAGAAUCCAGAGCUCCAAGGCUAGGGUGGUGGUUACUUUUGCCAUCAGCCCAGAUAUGGAGGUCUUGCUGAGAGAAGUGGUGAAGCAGAAUGUGACUGACAGGCAGUGGAUUGCCACUGAAGCCUGGAGCACCUCCAGUCACUAUUCUUCAUGGAGUGGCAUUUCGUUAGCAGGGACUCUUGGCUUUGCCCUACGGCAGGUUGAUAUCCAGGGUUUGGGCUUCUAUCUGACACAGCUGAGCCCUGGAGGGCAACAAAUGCAGCCACUGACUCAAACUGUUUGGGAGGAAAUGUUUGGAUGCAAAUUUGUGGUGGAAUCCCAGACAAACCCUCUCUCUGGACCACAGUGCACAGGCUUAGAGAAAAUGGAAAGCCAAGGGGAGCUCUACUUCGAUGUUAUUUAUAAUGUGUAUAAGGCUGUGUAUGCUAUAGCCAAUGCAAUUCACGACAUGCUGAUCUGUCAGCCUGGCAAAGGACCAUUUAAAAAUGGAGAGUGUCCUGAUAUUAAACUGAUACGACCUAAGCAGCUUCUGCACUACCUAAAGUCAGUAAAUUUCACAACACCAGUGGGUGAGCUACUUUAUUUUGAUGAGAAUGGGGAUGUAUCUGCCUCAUAUGACAUCAUUAACUGGCAUGUAGGACCUGAAGGAAAGGUAGCAUUUGUGAAGGUUGGGCAGUUUGAUGCAGCAAGCACACAAGAGCGAGGCUUUCAGCUGGACACCAACAAAGUGGUCUGGGGAGGAGGCUGGGGUGAUCAGGUGCCAGUGUCUGUGUGCAGUGAGAGCUGUCCCCCGGGCACCAGGAAAGCUGUGCAGAAAGGAAAGCCUGUUUGCUGCUAUGACUGUAUACCAUGUGCAACAGGGGAGAUUAGCAAUGCUACAGACUCCACAGAGUGUAACAAGUGUCCAGAACGGUUCUGGUCCAGCACUGAUCGGACAGUGUGUGUUCCAAUACAAGUGGAGUUUUUGUCCUUUCGAGAUAAUAUGGGCAUUGUCCUCUCAGUGCUGUCUGUUGCUGGGGCGACACUUACUGGGACCAUCCUGGCUGCCUUCUUCCAUCAUCGGGACACGCCCCUGGUCCGCGCCAACAACUCAGAGCUAAGCUUCCUGCUGCUGAUUUCACUCGAACUAUGCUUCCUUUGUGCACUUCCUUUCAUUGGCCGGCCUGUACCUUGGUCCUGUAUGCUGCGCCAUACCCUGUUUGGGAUCAGCUUUGUGGUGUGUCUGGCCUGUGUGCUCAGUAAGACUGUAGUUGUCCUGGUUGCCUUCAGAGCAACUCUGCCAGGAUCAAAUGUGAUGCGCUACUUUGGCCCUUUUCAGCAGAAAGCAGGAAUUUUCCUCUGCACACUGGUGCAGGUGGUGGUUUGUGUGCUGUGGCUGGUGUUAGCACCUCCUGUACCUACGGAAAGUGCAGGAGGUGAGCUUGGAGCUCGCGUGGUGCUGCUCUGUGCUGUGGGCUCAGUGGCAGGCUUCACCCUGGUGCUGGGAUACAUCAGCUUGCUGGCAGGUGUUUGCUUCAUUAUGGCCUUCCUCGCCCGGAAGCUUCCGGAGAAUUUCAAUGAGGCAAAAUUCAUCACAUUCAGUAUGCUGAUCUUCUGUGCUGUGUGGAUCGCCUUUGUUCCAGCAUAUGUCAGCUCUCCAGGGAAGUACACAGUGGCAGUGGAGGUCUUUGCCAUCCUGGCCUCCAGUUACGGCCUUCUGCUGUGUAUAUUUGCCCCAAAGUGUUACAUCAUUCUACUCAGACCAGAAAAGAAUCUAAAAAAGAACAUGAUGGCCAAAUAG